CCAGGCAACUCAAGAUCUUUUUUUUAUCCAUGAUAUAAUCGAAUAAUAAUAGCAACCCAAACCCUAAGUGUCCAUAAAGUUGUCCAAAGCCUGACUCAGGAGGGACAGAUCCCUACGUGGAGAGACAGUAGUUGAAUUGGGCUAGCUGUACAAGGAAUAAAGAAGGAAUUUCCCACAAAAUGACUAUCCAAGGUCUACAGUAGGUAAGAGUUCCCAAAGCUGGGCUGGGCUGGGCUGGGCUCAGGUGCACGUGCAGAGGUAUAGCGGGAGGAAUUUCCCACUGUGGGUCUUGGUAACAUGUUAGGAUCCCUAAAGUAAUUACUUCCAAAGUUGAGUGUAAACAGGGAUUGGGGAUAGGUAGGGAAUGACAGGAGUGCCUGGGUGCCCAGUCGGUUAAGCAUCUGGCUCUUGGUCUCAGCUCAGCUCAUGAUUUUACAGUUUGUGGGAUCAAGCCCCACAUAGGGGUCUGUGCUGUCAGUGCAGAGCCCACUUGGGAUUCUCUCUCUCUGCCCCUCCCCUACUCACCAUCUCUUUAAAAGAAUUUUUAAGAAAAGGAUAGGGGAUGACAGAAUUUGUUGUGCCCCCCCCCCCCGCAAACCAUAAUUAUCCAUACAUCCAGGUGUGGAAAUUAUAGGAAGGAAUCAUAACAUCAAAAGAUUGGCAGUUUCUUAGAGCUCUCUGUCUCUCUCUCUGUCUCUCUGUCUCUCUCUCUCUCUCUCUCUCUCUCACACACACACACACCCCAAACAGCCGCUUCCAAUUUUAGAAUAUAGCUUCUCAAGGUGACUUUUUCAAAGAACCAGUGUUCACCUGAGUGUGUAAAUUCUAACACAUUCGAUAGUGUAAUUUCUAUAUUAGCCACACUGCAUGAGGGCAAAUGUUGAUUUUACUCAGAACUCAGUGACAGCAGGAAUCCCUGAACGAGGUGUUGGUAUCCAGUCACAGAAGUAACGAAUAGAACUAUGAAAUGAAGCCGUGAUGUGAUGUUAUGAAAGUCAAAGAUACUGCUCUGGAGACGUGGCCUUUUGCAGAGAAGCACUAAAAGAACGUUUACCACUUUGGCAUGUGCUAUUGGAGUUUAAAAGUUUGAGAGUUUACAACCCAGAGUUUGUUUAAAAGUGCUUUCAUGGUUUCAUUAUUACUACUGACUUCAAAUAUGGCCAUAUUUAUUUACCAAAGUGUUUUAAUUCCUUUAGAAAUACAAAAAGACCAUUGAAAAUAUCUGGGUGGAAUUUCACAAACACAAGGAAUUCUUCAGACAAGGCUUGAGUCCAAACCUUAAUCCAGUCUGGCCUCGGAUACUAGUCCUUAGAUGUUUUUUUUUAUCAGAGCAGGUAACAAUGAGCAGUUAUUCACUGUAAAUAAACCAGAGACUCAGUGAGGGGAGUUCGAAAAUACUGAGAUAAGAAGUCCCCCUUUGGAGAGGAUCCAAUUAUACUGAAUUUCCUGUAAUUUUGUAACAUGCUUUUAUGUUUAACUCCUUUGCUCUAUUGCAGUUAGGAAUCUCAUUACCUGCUAACCCAUGGGAAUAAGAUAAUCCAACUCUUUGGCAUCAAUAAACUACUACUCAUUCUACCUCGCCUUAGUCCCAUAGGACUUUGGUGCUGGUCCUUUGUGUGGAAUUAGACUUGUCAGAGCAGAUGGCCCCAGAUUAGUAGAUGUAUGGCCUCUUCAUUUGGAGAGCUCAGAAGCCUCUUCGGAAUGUAACAAAACCAAAGAAUCUUAAAGAAGUUAUAAAAUUAUCUUCAGUUUAAGUGUUUUUGUGUUGUUGUUUUUUUUUUUAAUCAGUGGCUGAUGAAAAGGAUGUUCUAAGUUAUUCAUAGCCGAAAUGCUUCUGAAAGGGUCUGGUUUGAGGGGCAGAGUUCAGGGCAGUGAUGCAACUUGAGAAAUCCCCUAACAGGUUCCAAGAAGCCACCCCUAUGAGCCUGUAUCAGAGUUUAGUUCUAUGUUGAUUUGUGACAACAGUGUGAACAUGUUUUCGAUCUGCAUGGGCUUAUUAUGCUGGGAAUUUGAAUAGUGGAUCUUAACCUUUUUAUGUAUUUCUUCAUUAUGAUGGAUUAAGCCUGCUUACCCGUGAAAUAUACUACAAAAUGGGAGAGACACGAAUGAAAGAAUUGAUACAACAUGUAGUAGUUUGAAUUUUUACUCUGAGAAUAUUACAUUAACUUUAUAGUGAUAAUAUACCAUUAUCAUUGUUCAUAACAGCUGACACUUUGAUGAGCUACCAGUUAACCUUCUGGAUUCCGAAAUAAAUACCCUUGGUCUGAUUCACAAGUACACCUGUAACCACCAGGACCCAGCAUCCGCUAGAGAUGAUUUACAUGGCAACGAGUGAGAACACUUCCAGGAAAUCUAGUUAGUGACUUUGCUUUUUUUUACAGUUUCUCCUUAUGUGGAAAGGUGAUAGAAGUCUUUAUUUGGAGAACUAGGUAUGAUGAAACAAAAUGGAAUCUUAUGCACUGACAUCAACUUCCUGGCUGGCAAAAACACAGUGACUUUUAAGACCCUCCUUCAUUUGCUUCAAUUUGCAUGGCUUAUUUCCAGCUAACACAGCAUUUCUAAAAUGCCAGCAUUUAUUUUUUGUUUUGUGGUAUCGUGUCUAAGCCAACUCAACUGAUCUGGAUGCCAAUGAGGUAAUGAAUGCCAUGUUUUCCGGGAAUUCCAGGAGAUCAGUUCUCUAAAUGAAUUGGAGAUAGUGGAUUUGGCUUAUUAAUAAUUCUAAAAUUUGAUCCCUUUCUGGACCAAAUAUCUUCUCAUGGAGAAAAGCCAUUUUAUGACCAGCAAACUUGUAUCGGGGCUAAUAUAUACAGAUCUUCCUCGACUUACAAUGGAGUUGCAUUCCAAUAAACCCAUUUUAAGUUGGAAAUGCAUUUAAUACACCUAGCCUGAUGAACAUCAUAGCUUAGCCUAGACUACCUUAAAUGUGCUCAGAACACUUACAUUAGUCUACAGUUGGGCAGAAUCAUCUAACAAAGCCUAUUGUAUAAUAAAGUAUCCAAUAUCACAUAAUUUAUUGAAUACUGUACUGAACGUGAAAAACAGAUGGUUGUAUGGGUACAGAGUGACUGUAAGUGUAUCGGCGGUUUACCCUCCUGAUCGCAUGGCUGACGAGGUAGGAACUGUGGCUUGAUGCCGCUACCCGGCAUCGCGAGAGAGGAUCGAACUGCCUAUCGCUAGCCUGGGAAAAGAUCCAAACUUAAAAUUUAAAAUACAGUUUCUACUGAAUGUGUGUCGCUUUCGACCUAUCAUAAAAUCAAAAUGUUAAGUCAGACCAUUUUAAGUUAGGGGCCAUCGGGAAUAACUGAAUCAGAGUAUAAGUAGUGUAAUGCAUCAUGAUCAAUAUGAUUACAAAAACAGCUCAGGGCGAAAUUCUUUUUAGUGUCUUAAGUCUUAAUGUGGCUUGGACUUGGAUGACCUAGACUGAAACUAUUUCUCUGACUUCAUUCUGCUUCUUUUUUUUUUUUUUAAGUUUAUUUAUUUUUGACAGAGAGAGAGAGAGUGACAGAGCAUGAGUGGGGGAGGAGCAGAGAAAGGGAGACACAGAAUCUGAAGCAGGGUCCAGGCUCCGAGCUAUCAGCACAGAGCCCAAUGUGGGGCUCAAACUCACCAACCGCGAGAUCAUGACCCGAGCCAAAGUCAGACGCCUUCUUAAAGGCUAGGGGGCCUUUGGUAAUAGAAUAAGGGGCUCCCUCUUGAAAGGAGGUCUAUAAGAAAGUAAAAUACUCACAGGAGAAAAAAGUUUGAUCCCUCAUAAAACCGGAGAUUGUGACAAAUAAGAGGAUGCCUUGCAUAUAGUCAGCAUUCAGUUAAAUAUUCUUUGAAUAUUUGAACAGAAGUGGACCCUUCAUCCUUCAUGAAUGAUAAAGAGCUAUUUUUAAUUUUCCAGCAACCUUGAGGUCACAAGAUAGGAGAGAGGAACUCCACUCCUGAACAGAGUAGGAAAGUAAUAAGGAUCUUUGCUGACAGUUCUGAUACACCUUUUCUCUCUCCUCGUCCUGUGGGAUUCCUGGGGAAGCCUCAGAGAAGGAAGCCUGUUGACAACUUAAUUGGAAAGCAAGAGCAGAUCUUAAUUUGAUCUUUUUCUCUGCAUAAGCAUCACAAUUUAAAGAGAUUUGUUAAACUUUAGUGAUUAAGGAAAAAAACAUUAAAUAAUGUCUGAAAAGAGAGAUUCUUUCUUUUCACUCACCAUGAGAAUUGUUUCAUUGAAUAUCUCUUAAUUGCCUGACUAGUCAGAUGUGUUUAGCCACUGGGAAAGGGAAACAUGUAUUGAAUACCAAAUGCCUACUUUGGGUUCAUGUAUUCACUAAAAAUACAUUGACUAUCUAGUAAGUGAGAAACACUGGGAUACAAAGAUAAGUGAAAAGACAUGGUCCUUACCCUCACAAUGUUGAAAAUCUAGUAAAAGGAAAUGGGUAAAUAAGCAAUUACAAUAUGAUGUGUAAGUGCCAUGACAGAAAUAAAGCUGUCAGUCUUUGUGAUUGGUAGAGAGCAGCACAUAGGAGGAGCACUGAACCAAACUUGGGAGGUCAAAGAAGACUCUCUAGAUGAAAGUGAUAUCAAUCAGGGACCUGAAAGGAGGGAAGGGUAGUCAAGGAUGAGGGAGAGUGGCAGGUUAGGGCAGCAGGAGUAGGAUUCCCAGCAGAGGGAACAGCUCUGCUUGUGCAGAGGCUCAGCACCAAUACAGAGUAGCAGAUAUUUUGAGGAAUUGAAGUUGAAUGUGGGCUGAGUGGAAAAUAAAAGGAGGGGAACAGCAAGAGAAGAGGCCAAAGACACAGGCUGGAGCCAUAUCAGACAGCUUUUAUAAGAAAAACCGAGGUGUUGGACUUUAUCCUAAUGGCCACUGGGAAUCAGGGAAUGCCAAGAUCAGAUCUGCACUUUUGAAACAUCACUCAGCCAUACCGUGGAGAAUGGGUGUACAAGACUGGAGGCAGAGUGAAAGUUUUAGAAUAGCUGAUGUGAGAGAUGGUGAGGAACUGCGUGAGGGAAGUAGCUGUGAGAAUGGAGAGAAGUGGAUGGAUCUGAAACAUGUUUAAGAGUAAACUUGGCAAGACUUUAUGAUUGAUUAAAGAGGACCCAUGACUGUCUUGGGCAACAAGAUGGAUGGUUGUUCAUUUACCAUAUUGGAAUAACAGAAGAGCAGGUUUAGGGAUGGGGGAUGAAUGUAGUUUGAGAUCCCUAUAAGAGAUCCAUGAUGCUAUUCUGUUGGUUGUUGAAUGCAGGACUCUGAAGCCCCAAAAUGAGAUCCACCUUGGAGAUAGUAAUGAAGAUUUGGGGAUCAUCAGCCUGAGUCCUAUAAGUGAAUGAAACUUCCUAGGAAGCUAUGACCUGGACAGAAAGAUUAACCUUUAAGGGGUAGGGUAAAAUUAAGGAAACACAUAACAAAGACUGAGAAAGAGAUGUCAGAAGGAAAAAAGACAAAGCCAGAAGAAAUGAACGAUAUGGAAGGAAAGAGAAUGCAUUAAGGAGAAGUAUCCACAGAGUCACAUUACUAAGGAGCAAAAGGUCAACUAUUCAUUUCAAGCAAUUGAAAGGGAAACGGAAGAAGGAAGAGAGAAAAGUUCGAGGAGCAUGAAGGAGGUUUGAAGUGGCUACUGGAAAGAAUUGGAGACACCGCUAAGCAGCACUGAGGGCCCAGGUCUUGAAACUGCAUUCCAGAGAGCUUGAUUCACAUGCCCCAGUUCAGCAAGCCAUUUCACACUGAAAUUCAAACUAGAGAGAGACUGAGUGAAGGAGAGGAGUAGAGGGAGAGAGAGAAUCUUAAGCAGGCUCCACACUCAGUGUGGACCCCAAUGUGGGUUGAUCCCACAACACUGGGAUGGUGACCUGAGCUGAAAUCAAGAAUCAGACGCUCAGCCGAUUGAACCACCCAGAUGCCCCAAGACUUCUCUUGUUUUAUUGACCAGACUAUUGCUUCAUCUUGAUCUGAAUGACAGAAGGCAGCCAUCUACAGGGCCAUGGAAUACAAAACAAGUCCCCAUCUGCAGAGAAAUUGCUAAGUAAUCACAUUGUGUCAGUUGGUGCAGUGAAACUUGAAACCUGAUCAGUGAAGAAGCUUGCAAUUUAACAGAAAACAAGGCAUACCAGGAUCUUCUGCUCCAGAUAUACUUUGAGGAUUCUAGUCUCUUUUUGAAAAUGCCCUGACAUUCCUGUUGAGUGGUGAUUUUAUGCAAUGGCUUCAAGCCACAGUUCUUCACCAGUGCCUCAAGGAAGCAGCAGAGAUGUUUUCUUUAAAAAAGAGGUAGAUCCAACAAAACACAUUCGACCUGUGCAGUCACUGCCAGAUGUAUGUCCCAAGGAGCCCACAGGUGAUUCAAAUAGUUUAUGUGUUACCCCAUCUCUAGUUACAGAUCAACAUAGAUGGACUAUAUAUCAUUCCAAAGUAAACCUCCCAGCAGCAUUAAAUGAUCCUAGAUUAGCAAAAAGAGAAUCUGACUUCUUCACAAAAACAUGGGGAUUGGACUUUGUGGACACUGAAGUCAUACCUUCAUUCUACCUCCCACAGAUCAGCAAGGAACAUUUUACAGUGUAUCAACAGGAAAUCUCUCAGAAAGAGAAGACUCAUGAGAGAUGCAAGAAUAUUUGUCCUCCUAAAGAUACUUUUGAUAGGACUGUCUUACAUACUCAUGAUAAAUCCAGGACAGAUCUGGAGCAAGUACCUAAGAUUUUUAUGAAACCAGAUUUUGCCUUGGACGAUUCCUUAACUUUUAAUUCAGUUUUACCAUGGUCUCAUUUUAAUACUGCUGGUGGAAAAGGAAAUCGUGAUGCAGCUUCCUCAAAGUUGCUACAAGAAAAGCUGAGCCAUUAUCUGGAUAUUGUGGAAGUAAACAUUGCUCACCAGAUCUCUCUACGUUCAGAAGCAUUUUUUCAUGCUAUGACCUCUCAACACGAAUUGCAGGACUACCUCAAGAAAACUUCCCAGGCUGUAAAAAUGCUUCGAGAUAAAAUUGCACAGAUUGAUAAAGUAAUGUGUGAAGGAUCACUACACAUUUUAAGACUGGCACUUACCAGAAAUAAUUGUGUUAAAGUGUACAAUAAACUCAAGUUAAUGGCCACUGUACACCAAACUCAGCCUACAGUACAGGUGUUGUUAUCCACUUCUGAAUUUGUUGGAGCAUUGGACUUAAUAGCAACAACACAAGAGGUUCUACAGCAGGAACUUCAGGGCAUUCACAGCUUCCGGCAUUUGGGAUCACAACUUUGUGAAUUGGAAAAACUGAUAGAUAAAAUGAUGAUUGCAGAGUUUUCUACUUAUUCUCAUAGUGACUUAAACAGACCACUGGAUGAUGACUGUCAAAUUUUAGAAGAGGAAAGACUUGUAUCUCUUGUAUUUGGACUUUUAAAACAAAGAAAACUUAAUUUUUUAGAAAUCUAUAGUGAAGAAAUGAUUAUUACAGCAAAGAAUAUCAUUAAACAGUGUGUGAUUAAUAAAGUUUCACAAAUAGAAGAAAUUGACACAGAUGUUAUUGUGAAGCUUGCAGAUCAGAUGAGAAUGUUGAAUUUUCCUCAGUGGUUUGAUUUGCUGAAGGACAUUUUCUCUAAGUUUACAAUUUUCCUACAAAGAGUUAAGGCAACGUUAAAUAUCAUUCACAGCGUUGUUCUCUCAGUUCUUGACAAAAACCGAAGGACCAGGGAAUUGGAAGAGAUUUCACAACAGAAGAAUGCUGCAAAAGACAAUUCACUGGACACAGAAGUGGCUUAUUUAAUCCAUGAAGGCUUGUUUAUAAGUGAUGCAUUCAAUGAGAGUGAAUUAACACCUAUAGCAAUCGACACUACCUCUCAAAGAAAUGCAUCUCCAAAUAGUGAGCCCUGCAGCAGUGAUUCGGUAUCCGAACCAGAAUGUACUACUGAUUCUUCAUCCAGCAAAGAGCAGACAUCAUCAUCUGCUACUCCAGGAGGUGUGGAUAUGAUGGUCAAUGAAGACAUGAAAUUAACUGAUUUAGAGCUAGAAAAACUGGCAAAUAAUAUCCAGGAGUUAUUGUAUAGUGCCUCAGAUAUAUGCCAUGAUCGAGCCGUCAAGUUUCUCAUGUCAAGAGCAAAGGAUGGUUUUCUUGAGAAGCUAAAUUCCACGGAAUUCAUAACACUUUCUAGAUUAAUGGAAACAUUCAUUUUAGAUACUGAACACAUCUGUGGAAGAAAAAGCAUGUCAUUACUUGGAGCACUUCAGAGCCAAGCUAAUAAAUUUGUAAACAGGUUUCAUGAAGAGAGAAAAACUAAGCUGAGCCUCCUCUUAGACAAUGAGCGCUGGAAGCAAGCUGAUGUUCCUGCAGAAUUUCAGGAUCUUGUUGAUUCUAUAUCAGAUGGAAAGAUUGCUUUACCUGAAAAAAAGUCAGGGGUUACGGAAGAAAGAAAACCAGCUGAAGUUCUCAUUGUAGAGGGACAACAAUAUGCUGUCGUUGGAACUGUAUUGCUGUUGAUAAGAAUUAUCCUUGAAUAUUGCCAGUGUGUGGAUAAUAUCCCAUCUGUUACUACUGACAUGCUUACUCGUCUGUCAGAUUUAUUGAAGUACUUCAAUUCAAGAAGUUGCCAGUUAGUUCUUGGAGCUGGUGCACUGCAAGUUGUUGGAUUAAAAACAAUAACUACAAAAAAUUUGGCUCUAUCUUCACGUUGUUUGCAGUUAAUUGUGCACUACAUUCCUGUUAUCCGGGCUCAUUUUGAAGCUCGACUACAGCCUAAGCAGUAUAGCAUGCUUAGGCAUUUUGAUCACAUCACUAAGGACUACCAUGACCACAUCGCUGAAAUAUCAGCUAAGCUUGUAGCGAUAAUGGAUAGCUUAUUUGACAAGCUGUUAUCCAAGUAUGAGGUGAAAGCUCCCGUUCCUUCUGCCUGUUUCAGGAAUAUUUGUAAGCAAAUGGCAAAAAUGCAUGAAGCUAUAUUUGAUCUUCUUCCAGAAGAACAAACACAAAUGUUAUUUUUAAGAAUUAAUGCAAGUUAUAAACUCCACUUGAAAAAACAGUUAUCUCAUUUAAAUGUGAUAAAUGAUGGAGGACCUCAAAAUGGGUUGGUCACAGCAGAUGUAGCUUUUUACACUGGAAAUCUUCAAGCCUUAAAAGGCCUUAAAGAUUUGGACCUAAAUAUGUCCGAGAUCUGGGAACAGAAGAGGUGAUGACAUACUGGAAAACUGGGUAGCUCAUCUGACCAUGGGAUGUGUAUGUUUGUGAAGAAAAUAUGGAUGCCUGUGAUUCAAGAACUGAACCUGGAACCCAGAGUGAACGGGAUAGGGGAAGGGGGAAAGGAAAGUAUCAGUGUUGGGAAACUGGGAUUCAGUGGGAUCCACAAGGAAUGCCAUUUUUAUGCUUCCUUCAGUGAGGAGUAACUGAUCAGGUGUCUAUAACAUUUUUCAUUCUCUCUGGAAACAGACUCAGGUUUCUUUGGACCAAAUCCAAAAGAACACAUAGCUGUAACACAGCUGUAGUUGACUAGAAUGCUCUGUAUACUUUAUAUUAAAAAAUGCUUUGCAUUUCUUCCAGUGCAAUGAAAUUCAUAUGGUGUCCCACCUUAUUUAAUGAUGGUACAAUUUAAAAUAUUAAAAUCUUAGUCAACCUCUGUAGAAAGUUUUCUCUAUGAAAGUAAAGCUGUUUGAAAAAUUAUUUUUUUACACAGAUCUUUCUAUGAAAAAUAAACAUCUUUUGAUUGCUUGGA